CCAACUUCAAACGCAGCGUCAUCCCCAUCGAUUCGUUCAUUCGCUCGCUCGUUCGUGGAAACCCCCCUCCCUCGUCGUCUCCCACGCCCCCCACCGCAAAACCUAAUCCCUAAUCCCUUCAAACCCAAGAUCGAGAUCGAGGCGGCGAAACCCUAGAGAGAUCGAGAUCGAGAGGAGGAGGAGGAGGAGGAGGAGGGAGGAGGGAGAUCGAGGUGGGCGGUGGGAGAGAAUGGGGGAUGCGUAUUGCCCGGAUUGCAAGAAGGCGACGGAGGUGGUGUUCGACCACUCGGCGGGGGACACGGUGUGCUCGGAGUGCGGGCUCGUACUGGAGGCGCACUCCAUCGACGAGACAUCGGAGUGGCGCACCUUCGCCAACGAGUCCGGCGACAACGACCCCGUCCGCGUCGGCGGCCCCGCCAACCCCCUCCUCGCCGACGGCGGCCUCUCCACCGUCAUCGCCAAGCCCAACGGCGCCCACGGCGAGUUCCUCUCCUCCUCCCUCGGCCGGUGGCAGAACCGCGGCUCCAACCCCGACCGAUCCCUCAUCCUCGCCUUCAAGACCAUCGCCACCAUGGCCGACAGGUUGGGCCUCGUUGCCACUAUCAAGGAUCGAGCCAAUGAAAUAUAUAAGAAAGUGGAGGACCACAAGUCUAGCAGAGGGAGAAAUCAAGAUGCGAUUUUUGCUGCCUGCCUCUACAUUGCUUGUCGACAAGAGGAUAAGCCUCGCACUAUUAAAGAAAUUUCUUCUGUUGCUAAUGGCGCAACAAAGAAGGAAAUUGGCCGAGCAAAAGAGUACAUAGUAAAGCUGCUUGAAGCUGAGAUGGGUCAAUCAAUGGAGAUGGGCGCAGUCCAUGCAGGAGACUACAUGAGACGGUUCUGUUCACAUCUUGGCAUGACGAAUCAAGCUGUUAAAGCUGCUCAAGAAGCAGUUCGGAAGUCAGAAGAGCUUGAUAUAAGGAGAACUCCUGUAUCAAUUGCCGCAGCCGUCAUUUACAUGAUAACUCAAUUGUCGGAAGAGAAGAGGCCACUUAAAGAUAUAUCUGUGGCUACUGGAAUGGCCGAAGGCACCAUUAAAAAUUCCUACAAAGACCUCUAUCCGUACGCUUCGAGGAUCAUUCCAGCCACCUUUGCUAAGGAAGAAGACCUAAAGAACCUCUGCAGCCCGUAAAACUGUACAAAACGAGUUGAACAAGUUCACAUUUGUCGGAAAAACAUCGACAGAAGCGGCACUACACAUUUACCUCCCGUCAUCUAGAAAUAAGCUCAUUCUGCUAAUAGCGGUGUUUUCUUUUUUCUUCAUUUCGCCCCCCCCCCUCUUUUUGUUUGUUGAGAAAGACCCAUAGAAUAGAUGAACCUUCUGAUCUUAUAAAAUUAGCAUGCAUGGGAAAAUUGUAUCUUGGAUGGUUCAUUUCAGAGGACUAUUCGGUUAAUUAAGGCGGGCCCUGGUAAGGGGGUUAACCAUUUUUAGUGUAUGUUGUCAUCAAACAUUUCGCGGGAUCUAUUACUGUCUCUAUAUAAAUUUUUUGAUUUUUUUUUUUUUUUGGGUGCUUAUCUGGAAAAUGCAUGUACAAAACUGUACCCAGUGGUGCAGAGAACAAAUUAUCAGGCUGUUUGUAUUUCGAACGAACCGCGAGAGUUGCAGAAAUUAAUUUAUUGUAGUGUUAUAUUCAGGCUUA